CAGAUCUGAUUGAGAAUACACACAAGCCGAGCGAGCUCUCCGUCGGCGACAGUGCCGACAGUAUCAGUUUGUUCAAAUCGAUCAUCAGUUUCCACGCCGGGUAUUUAUUUAGAACGCUUGACAACGGUUUCCUUUUCACUGGAAAUUUGACAUCAAGAAUUUUGUUGAGGUUCCCGAUUUCGUACUUCGUGACCCCAUCGCCGAGUCAGUCUACGAGUCCUAGUCGGCCAAGAGACUAGUCUAGAUUUUCGCCAAAUCGGACUAGAUUCUAUUCUAGAUUCUAGUGAAAAGAAACUGAUAGCCUAGCUAGAUCUAGCGCUGAAAAGAAAACAAUUCAGAGUAAAUUGAUAAGUACCUGCAGUGCAGCCCCAGAGAAAAGCUUCACUAAUUUUAGGUUCAGGGGGUCUAGAUCUAGAUCUAGUCUGGAAUCAAAUACAAUAGUCAAUAGACGCCUUUUAUCCCUUCUCGUAGGCUACUCUAAAAGAAUACAAUUAGACUACUAGAUUCUAGAUCUCUAGACUCCCAAAGUCAAAGACUAGAUCUAGAACUAGAUCUAGAUCUUACCUAGGAGUGUAACUGUGGUGUGGCGGAAAUUGCUGGAAAUUCUUCAUGCUUAUGGCUUAAAACUUUCUGCGACUGAAACAACCGGAAAAACAAAAUGUCAGUUGAGGAAAUGAAGGGUAGUAAGAACAAUUCCAAUUCGGCUGCAGCCCGGAGAAAACUUGUUCAUCAAGACACGGCAAAUGACACGGAUGUACCUAUAUCUGCAGUGAGUGAGACUGAAGCCAACAACGGUCUGAGCAAAGACAUUGUCACGGACGCCAUAGUGCGGCACAAAGCUUUCCGAUGGUGCCAGGACUCUAUCGGAGGCGCAUGGACGCAGGUGACGUCGGAGGACGAUCUCACCAUCGCUCCGAUCAGCGGAGGGAUGUCCAACUACCUGUAUCUGGUAACCCUGCCAGCGAGGAUCAAACCGCUGGGGGACGAGCCGACGGAAGUCUUGCUGCGCAUCUACGGCCAGAUCUCCAAGUCCACCCUGGACUUCCUGGUGCACAACUCGGUGGUGUUUGCCCUGCUGGCCGAGCGGAAGCUAGGACCCAAGCCGUACGGGAUGUACCAUGAUGGGAGAAUCGAGGAGUUUAUCCAGGCGCGACCUCUGGGGCCGGAGGACCUGAAGGAGGAGGAGGUCAUGGGCAUGGUUGCAGAGAAGCUGGCCCAGUUCCAUUCCCUGGACAUGCCGCUGUGCAAGAAGCCGCGCUGGUUCAAGAGCUUGGUCCGCGGCUGGAUCCGAGACAUCCAGAACAACUACGACCUCAACUCGGAGGUGCUGGAAAAACUGUCCCUGAUGGCGCCCACCUUUGACAUGGAGAAGGAAUUUCAGAAUCUCUUGGGUUACGACCUGGGCAAUCACUUCAACGAGUGGAUGUUUGACUACUCCAGCUCAGGAAAGCCUGGGUUCAAAUACUCGCCGGAGAAUUACCCCACCAAGAAACAGCAGUACUACUUUUUCCGGUCAUACCUGAAGGCCCAGGGUCAGACAGACGUGAGCGAGGCCACGCUGGCCAAGAUCUACAUGGAGACGAACACACUGUCGCUGCACUCGCACUUCCUGUGGGGCGUCUGGAGCAUGGUGCAGGCUCAGGCCUCCAGCAUCGAGUUUGAUUAUAACGUGAGGGGAAUAGUGUGUUGGCGUGGGAUUGAGGUGUGGGAUGGUGGCAUGGGCUGGUUGUGUGGUGUGGAGUGGGGUGGGGUGGUUGUGUGGUGUGGGGUGUUGGUGUGGGACGGUGGUGUGGGAUGGUGGUUUGGGCUUUCCUAUGGAGAGCUUUUUAUAUCCUCGAUAUCUGAGAACAAAUAUUCAGAGGAGAAAUGGCUCUUGGACUCGCAACCGUAA